GAUUUGCUCUGACAGAUCCGGGUUAGCCGCCAGGGGAACCCGUUUCUUCACAACAACUCUCCGAGACACACAGAUCGCAGCCAUAGAGGGGAUAUAGGCAGAGCUCACAGCACCUCCCUGCUUUAUUUCACAAAUAUACCCCGACUGCUGUUUUGAAACCAAACUGAGACCACUAACUCACGGUGCCUGAAUUUUAUUACACGUUCUUCAAAGAAGCGAAGAAGUUUGGCUAAAUGCAAGAGAACCGAAAUGAGAUUAUUUUUGACCGGACAACCUGUUCACUCACUCCCUCCGCCAGAUUUUGCAAGGUAAAGAAGCUUUUGCGAAAUAAAGAAGAAUUCGUUUUUUGGAGGAGUAUGGAAAUGUACGAAUUAACGAGUAAAAAUAUUCGAGAAGAAUCACUGUGAUUUAAAGAUAUCGAAGCGCUCAUCCAAAUAUUUUAAUAUUUUGAAGUAUUUUCGGUUUAAAUAGCCAUAAGUAUUGCAUUUUAAAUGCGUAUGGGAUGACUUGGCUCACAAUGUGUUGAUAUUACCAAGAUUAUAUAGGGUGUAGGUGAAUUACUGUACGUUGUAUUGCUUCCACACGUGCGUUGCAAGAGGACUUCGGCAUUCGAUUUGUAUUGCAUAGAAUCACCCUUUGUCUCAAUGGAUGUUCUGCCUUGGAUUAUAUAUUUGUAAAUACUGUGCUUUGAAGAACUCAUUAAUUGCGUUUUUUUACAAUGCAGUUAUCUACUCUUUUAAGAAUACCGUUUCUGCUGUGGAGUAUUGAUGCUUUAUCUUAUCCACAUGAUGAAAGAUUAAGAACUAAUUUCACUCGGACUGAUUAUGAAGCCACCUUUUCCCCAAAAAAGGUGAAUAGGUCACCUUUGUCAGUAACUACUCGGAAAUGGCACAAUGCACAUGGAAAAGUAAUUAAUACCGUGACAUACUUAGAGGGGCAUUCUACAGGUGUUUCUUGGGAGGCAGUGAGGAAUUUGAGAAACCGAAAUGCAGCAACCUUUGAAAUACGAAGAAAAUAUAAAGGAUCAUUGAACCACAAUGGAAAUGUGCCCCCCAGCUCUUUAGAAAAGAGUGCUGAGAUUAUUUUAGAGGAUUCUGCUGCGAUCCUGCAUGGGGAAUCACAAAGCCAACACAAUAGAAAGUUGAAUUUCAAGAUGCUGGCUGCCAUGGAAACACACGGUGGAUACAAUCACUCAAAGGCUCUUUCCAUGAGUAAACAAGGAGGUCUGACAUCUGAAAUGAAUCAAAGACGAAAAAGAGGUACCAACAGUAUGGAAAAUGAAAAGAAAACAGAAAAGAACCGAAGCAAAAAGCCAAAGAAAGGCGGACAUUCGUUGAGACAUUUAAAUGUUUCUUUUGUUGGUCCUCUUACUCCAUGGGAGAAGUUACCGAAACCCCUGCCUCUUAACCAAUCCACAGAUUAUUCAAACGAUAUCAAGAAUUAUGGAUUGUAUACUGUACCGGAUGACCUAGGGGUUACUAUUCCAUUGAUCCCUUUUGAUUCACAAGGGAAAGAAAAUGAGGUCAAAAACCCCUUUUAUCCCCUAACAGAUGAAUCGUAUGGAGCAUACGCAAUCAUGUGUCUUUCUGUGGUCAUUUUCACUGUUGGAAUAAUUGGGAACAUUGCAAUUAUGUGUAUUGUUUGCCACAAUUACUAUAUGAGAAGUAUCUCCAAUUCACUUUUGGCCAAUCUAGCUUUUUGGGAUUUCAUAAAUAUCUUCUUCUGCCUGCCUCUGGUGAUAUUUCAUGAGCUGACGAAAAAGUGGCUGUUGGGAGAAUUCUCAUGUAAAAUCAUACCCUACAUUGAGGUCGCCUCACUUGGAGUUACAACUUUCACAUUAUGUGCUUUGUGCAUAGAUCGUUUCCGUGCUGCAACUAACGUGCAGAUGUACUAUGAGAUGAUUGAGAACUGUACAUCCACCACAGCUAAGCUAGCUGUUAUCUGGAUAGGGGCUUUGCUGUUGGCUCUUCCUGAGGUGGUUUUAAGGCAGCUUGUCACAGAAAAUCCUGAAGCCCCUAAUACAACAGCAUGUGAGCGAUGUGUGGUGAAAAUUUCUCCAGAGCUCCCUGACACCAUUUAUGUCCUUGCCCUUACCUACGACGGCGCCAGGCUCUGGUGGUACUUUGGGUGUUAUUUUUGCUUGCCCACACUCUUCACCAUUGGAAGUUCCCUAGUGACCGCAAGAAAAAUUCGAAAAGCUGAGAAGGCCUGUGCAAGAGGAAACAAGAAACAAAUCCAACUUGAAAGUCAGAUGAACUGCACAGUGGUGGCCUUAACUAUUUUGUAUGGCUUCUGUAUUAUUCCUGAAAAUAUCUGCAACAUUGUCACAGUCUACAUGUCCACAGGAGUUCCCCAGCAGACUAUGGACCUUCUCCAUCUCAUAAGUCAGUUUCUUUUGUUCUUCAAGUCCGGCGUUACGCCAGUGCUCCUCUUCUGUCUUUGCAAGCCUUUCAGCCGGGCUUUUGUGGACUGUUGCUGUUGUUGUUGUGAUGAGUGUGUCCAGAAGUCUUCAACAGUGACCAGUGAUGACAAUGACAAUGAGUACACCACAGAGCUUGAGCUGUCUCCUUUCAGCACCAUACGCCGGGAGAUGUCUGUUUACACCUCUGUUGGUACCCAUUGCUGAAAUCAACUGGAAAUAGUAUCCUAGGCCUAUUAUUAUAUACUGAUAAAAGCAUGAAUGCCGCAUAUUGGCUUUACAUGCAGGAGUUUACUAAUGUUUAGAGAUUUUUUUACAAAAAAACAUUUAUGUUGUUUCUCUGUUUAUAAAAAAAAUGGUUCUGCAAUGGGCUCGAGAUUGCUGCAUCCCUCAGCAGGAAUAAGCAGCUUUCUCAUAGUGGAUGAAUGUUUUUUUUUUAUUGUUUUGUUAAUUUUAUAGUUAUUGAAGUUUGUGCAGUUUGCCUUUUAUAUUGAAAACUGUAUUGAAAGUAAUAUAUUGAAAAUGGCUGGUUGUAGUGUAAUGUCUUUUAAAACUGGUGAUUCUUGUGAAUCGGUGAUGAAGUCAUUUUAGAUUCCUUGCUACUGUACGUGAGUAUUUUAGUCAGAGCACUCUGAAUGAACACAUGCUUAUGUUAUUUAUAGCAGGAAGAAAUGUACCAGUAUGCUUGUGUUAGUUUCAUGGUAAUUUGCUGUUUUUCUGGUAGCGGAAGAAAAAAACUGGACCUGCUGGGUCAGUUAAUCGGGAGUUGUUUUCUUCUGAGGAAUCAGAUGGAUUAACCAGAGGCUCGAAUAAUGACUCCUCUUCAGAUUGUUUUGGUGUAGAACAGCAAUUUAACCUUUUUUUAAUCAUAUAAAAACUGUAUUUGUUUAUAAACCUGAAAAUAAAAUCAUUAAGACAGUUUA